AUGACAACUGGUGAAACGACAAAAAAUAUGACAUUUAAGACACAUUUAAAAUUUGUAUGUGUCACAAUAAUUUAUUUUGCUCACAUUUAUUUUCGACGACUUCCGAUCACUUUAUUACCUUUGAUUCGGGAAGAAAUUGUAUUAUCAAGUGAUGAUAUUGGUUAGUUUUUUGGAAAAUAAUUUAUUCAUUGAGGGGCGGUCAGUAUGCAAAUAUUAGACAUUGAUUAGAAAAAAGGAUAAAGGGAUAAUAAUGAUAAGAUCCGGUUUCUUUUCUAAAAUUAUUAUUAUUAGUUUUAAUUUUUAAGUUUUGUAAUACUCAUUUAAUUCGAGUUUAGAAAACAAUUAAUUCUUACUCUCAAUAAUUAAAUAAUACAUAGGAAUUUCGGUGUAACAUCUUCUGAAAAACUCUCGAAGAAAAAUCCAAGAGUUUCUUAAUUAUUGUAGUUUUUAAAGCUUUCUCUCAAUUUAACAAAUAAAAAGUUCAUAUCGAAGUACAUUAUCAUCAGAACACAAAUUCCAAAUAUAUUUGCCCACUUGACAAAAAAAAACUAGUAAAUUGAUAGUUUUUUCAAAGAUCUUGGAAACAAGUAAUUCAAAGAGCAUUUAUGCACACAAUUGUUCUGUUUAUAUUUGUUUAGUAGCCUUUUCUUUUAAUAAACAUACAUGAAAAAUAAUUUAUAUUUUCAGGGCUUCUGGUAUCAGCACAUGCUUUAUGUUAUACAAUUGGUAGACUUGUAUUUGGUGUAGCUUCGGAUAAAUAUUCAAAAGUUGCAUUACUUCUUUUGGGAUUAAUAACUUGUGCAACAUGUAGUGUUGGUCUUGCAUUUUCAACUUAUUAUUGGCAAUUAUUAAUUGCAAUGUUAUUUUUGGGAAUUGUUCAAGGAGCUGGAUGGGUUCCUGCUUCACUUUUAGUUCAAUCGUGGUAUUCAAAAACCACAUAUGGAACAAUGUUUUCAAUUUUGGCUUGUGGUUCAACAUUUGCUGGAAUACUUCAACCAUUUUCGAAAAAGUUUUAUUGGAGAAAUAUUGAAUUAUGGUCCGGAAUUGGAAUGUUGCUAUUCUCAAUUAUUUGUUAUAUUGUUUUACGAGAAGAUAAUGUUAGACCAAAACAUUUGAAUGAUAUUGAAGAAGAAGUUGAAGAUGGUGAAAAGAAAAAGAAAAAACAAUCUGGAUUGACUUUGAUUGUUGGAAGUAUUGUUAUUUGGCAUAUUUCAUUUGUAUAUUUAUUCACAAUGGAGGUAAGAUUUUUAUUUAUUUUUUAUUUUCAAAAAAAAAAAGUUUCAACAACAAAAAACAUUAGGGCAUCGCAUAG